UCGCUGGUGCCGAGGUGAAGCUCGCGGCACCCCCGGUUCCCUCCCGGUGUCCAUCAGGCAGCUCGUCCGCCCCGUCCAGCCGCUCCACCCGCCAGGAUGUCUCGGCCACUUUCGGACCACGAGAAGAGGAAGCAGAUCAGCGUGCGCGGCUUAGCCGGCGUGGAGAACGUGACCGACCUCAAGAAGAACUUCAACCGGCACCUCCACUUCACACUCGUCAAGGACCGCAAUGUGGCCACGCCGCGCGACUACUACUUCGCCCUGGCGCACACUGUGCGCGACCACCUGGUCGGCCGCUGGAUCCGCACCCAGCAGCACUACUACGAGAAGGACCCCAAGAGGAUCUAUUACCUCUCCUUGGAGUUCUACAUGGGCCGCACUUUGCAGAACACCAUGGUCAACUUGGGCUUGCAGAAUGCCUGCGAUGAAGCUAUUUACCAGUUAGGCCUGGAUAUGGAGGAGUUGCAAGAGAUUGAGGAGGAUGCUGGUCUGGGCAAUGGAGGACUUGGGCGCCUGGCAGCUUGCUUCUUGGACUCAAUGGCGACUCUGGGCCUUGCUGCCUAUGGCUAUGGGAUCCGCUAUGAGUUUGGCAUCUUCAACCAGAAGAUCUGCGGGGGCUGGCAGCUGGAGGAGGCAGACGACUGGCUGCGUUACGGCAACCCCUGGGAAAAAGCACGCCCCGAGUACAUGAUCCCCGUGCAUUUCUAUGGGCAUGUGCAGCACGGCCCGGAUGGGGUGAAAUGGGCUGAUACACAGGUGGUCCUGGCUCUCCCCUACGACACCCCCGUCCCCGGCUAUCGCAACAACGUCGUGAACACAAUGCGGUUGUGGUCUGCCCGGGCCCCCAAUGAGUUCAACCUGAAGGAUUUUAACGUUGGUGGCUACAUCCAGGCGGUGCUGGACAGAAACCUGGCGGAGAACAUUUCUCGCGUGCUGUAUCCCAACGAUAACUUCUUCGAGGGUAAAGAAUUGCGUCUGAAGCAGGAGUACUUUGUAGUGGCUGCCACCCUUCAAGAUAUCAUCCGUCGCUUCAAGUCCUCCAAGUUUGGCAGCCGUGAUCCUGUCCGCACCUCUUUUGAUGCCUUCCCAGACAAGGUUGCUAUUCAGCUCAACGACACCCACCCCUCGCUGGCCAUCCCAGAACUUAUGAGAGUCCUAGUGGAUGUUGAAAAACUAGAAUGGGAGAAGGCCUGGGAUGUCACAGUGCGGACCUGUGCCUACACAAACCAUACCGUACUGCCAGAAGCACUGGAACGCUGGCCCGUCCAUCUCUUUGAGACCCUCCUGCCACGUCACUUGGAAAUCAUCUAUGAAAUUAAUCAGCGGUUCCUUGAUAAAGUCUAUGCCAAGUUUCCUGGUGACCUCGAGCGGUUACGGCGCAUGUCCAUGGUAGAGGAGGGCAGCGUCAAACGCAUCAACAUGGCCCACCUCUGCAUUGUGGGGUCCCACGCUGUCAAUGGAGUGGCCCGUAUCCAUUCUGAGAUUCUGAAGGCCACCGUAUUUAAAGACUUCUAUGAAUUUGAGCCCUAUAAGUUCCAGAACAAAACCAAUGGCAUCACUCCACGUCGCUGGCUCGUUUUAUGUAACCCGGGACUAGCUGAGAUCAUUGCUGAGCGCAUUGGAGAGGAAUACAUUGCUGAUUUGGAUCAGCUGAAGAAACUGCUGAACUAUGUGGAUGAUGAGGGCUUCAUCCGGGACAUAGCGAAAGUCAAGCAGGAGAACAAACUGAAGUUUGCUGCCUACCUGGAGAAAGAGUACAAGGUGAAAAUCAACCCCAACUCGCUCUUCGACAUACAAGUGAAGAGAAUUCAUGAGUACAAGAGGCAGCUGCUGAACUGUCUCCAUGUCAUCACCCUCUACAACCGGAUCAGAAGAGAACCAAACAAACAUUUUGUGCCCCGGACCGUCAUGAUUGGAGGCAAAGCUGCCCCUGGGUACCACAUGGCCAAGAUGGUUAUCAAGCUUAUCACAUCCAUCGGAGAUAUUGUCAACAAUGACCCCAUCGUCGGCGACCGGCUCAAGAUGAUCUUCUUGGAAAACUACCGUGUCUCACUGGCAGAAAAAGUGGUCCCCGCAGCUGACCUCUCUGAGCAGAUUUCAACAGCUGGCACAGAAGCUUCCGGUACAGGGAACAUGAAAUUUAUGCUGAACGGGGCACUCACGAUCGGCACCAUGGACGGGGCCAACGUGGAGAUGGCGGAGGAAGCCGGCCAUGAGAACUUCUUCAUUUUUGGCAUGCUGGUGGAGGAUGUGGAGGAGCUGGACAAGAAGGGAUACUGUGCCAAGGAUUACUACGACCACAUCCCUGAGCUCAAACAGGCCAUGGACCAGCUGAGCAGUGGCUUUUUCUCCCCCAAGCAGCCAGACCUCUUUAAAGAUAUUGUCAACAUGCUCAUGUAUCAUGACAGGUUCAAAGUGUUUGCUGAUUAUGAGGCCUACAUUAAAUGUCAAGAAAAAGUCAGCGCGCUGUACAAGAACACCAAGGAAUGGACCAAGAAGGUCAUCAGGAACAUUGCCACCUCAGGAAAGUUCUCCAGCGACCGCACGAUCUCCCAGUAUGCCCGUGAAAUCUGGGGUGUUGAACCCAGCCGCCAGAAGAUCGCUGCUCCGGAUGAACCACGGGAGUGAGCACCUGACAUCUUCUAGUACCCGUCACCCCUUGUACCACCAGCAGCUUCAACGGAGCAGCUGCAUUUCUGUGGCUUCUCCCCCAUCCUGGCUUUUAAUAUACAAUCCUUUUUUUUCUGGGGGGAGGGAAGGAGGUGAAGGUAAGGUGAAGAGAUUCUUUUUCUCCGCCAUGAAUUCAAGGCACUUCCCUUUUCUUCCUCCUCUCUUCCCUCCGCAACUCCCAGACAAUGCUACUUAUUUUAACGGGACUUUGUUAAUAUAUUGUCCCUUCCCUUUUUUUAUAAUCCAUCUCUGCUUUUUAUAGGGAUUUAACAACACCUGCCUUCUUUUGAAGGUUUUUGUUACACAGGAACAGUGAUGGCGGCAGCCUCCCUUUUUAAAGGGGCAUCUCUGACCCAUUUUUAAACUCCAAAAAUAUACAUAGCCAGGAAGGGGCAGGGGAUUUGAUAUUUCCACUUGCAAAGCAGCACCUUGUUAAAAAAGGAAAUGUGGAACAUUGGGGGGGGGAGGGAACAGUGCCCCCAUGCUGAAAAAAAUAAAGGUUUUGAACCUGUU